AUGACCACCGAUAGUGUCGAGCCUCAUAUUGCUGUGCUACUUUGUAACCGGCGGGAUUCUCGCUUAGUCGACAAGUAUGGAGAUUUGGGCGAUUUAUGUUGUCAGUUGGUACAAAACUCUGGAGUUUCCAAGUUUCCUGGCAAAAAGUAUACGGUUUACAGAGAAAGUGACGACCCAAACGAGGACUCCAUUGAGCUCAGCCGUGUGUACCUCGAGCUCGUGGAGCGUAUCGAGAAGAAGUUGGUCAAGGGAAUCAUUAUCAGUGGAUCUGUCUCGGAUUCUUUUGACACCAAAUUGUGGAUCCAGAGAUUAGACGAGUUUUUGAGAACUGUGGUGUUUUCAAUUCCUAACUUCCCACUCGUGGGGAUAUGUUUUGGUCAUCAGAUCAUUUGCAAGAAUUUAGGCUGCAAAGUGGAUAGAAACUUGCCGGAGGUUGGUUGGGAGUGUGGAAUUAAUACCAUCAGUCUUAACCCUGAGAUUUUCAGCAUCGAAAAUAACGGGUUUUUGGACAUUUUGAAGGAUAAGGAGAUUGGAGUCAUAAAUGACCACUUGAAUUUGCCUGAGAUACACAGAGAUAUCGUGUAUGGGUUACCGGCUGCCCAGAACUCUUAUAUUAAAGGUACUAAUUUUGUAUCAAUUGGAUCUUCUCCCAAAUGCUCUAUUCAAGGAGUUGUUACGGCUUCAGGCCCAUUGAGGGUUUUGACUUUCCAAGGCCACCCGGAGUUUUCAACCGAGUUUACGUUGGAGUUGUUAAAGGAUAUGUAUGAGAAGGGAACCAUCGAAAAACCUGUAUUUGAGAAAUCAUGCUACAACACCCAAAUUUUGAACAAUCAAGGACACUUAAUUGCCAAAUUGAUCUGCAACUUUAUCAACUCCUACAACUAA